UCCCUUUUGGUCCUUCUUUAGAUCAAACAGCAAAACCACUCUCUUUAUCAGAUUGUAGGAGCUUCGACGACGCAUAGGCCGUACGUCAAGUUAUGGAUUUCCCCGACGACCUUCACUAGACGGUAUAUCAACAAAGUGAAAGCCAUACUGAGCUUUUUUUUGUUCCGACAUUCCCCAGCCGCGAAUACCGGUUCCGGAGAUCUCCAACCGAGGAGGUAAAAAAGACUUCGACCAACUCACUCCAAUCAUCGAUAUCAACCAUCGAACAGCACUCUUAUCAAGAGGAAACGAUGAAAGUCUUCUCCAACACCGUCACGUUCAACUACUCCUGGGAGGAAGUAUCAACCGCCAACUGGCGGAAGUACUGCCCAUGGAACGACAAGUCGACUCAUGUGGUCGCUGUCGACACAGUCUCACGAAGUGUCGACCCGGCCACCGGCAUCCUGCGCACCGAGCGCCUCAUCACAUGCAAGCAGAGCGCGCCGGAAUGGCUCAAGAGCCUAAUGGGCGGGAUGGAGGAGAGCCAGGUCCUCGAGACGUCCUAUGUUGACCCUGCGCACAAGACUGUCACCAUGGUUUCGGCCAACCUCACGUGGUCGAACCUGAUCAGCGUGCAGGAGACGGUCAUCUACAAGCCGCUGAACGACCACCAAACCCAGUUCGAGCAGGAUGCCAAGAUCACCGCCCUCUGCGGAGGCUGGCAGCGCAUCAAGAACAACAUCGAGGACUCCUUGGUCAAGCGGUUCCGUGAGAACGCCGCCAAGGGCAAAGAGGGCUUCGAGGCCGUCUUGGCCAUGAGCAGGAGAGCCUUUGCCGAGGAGAGGGAGCGCGAACGCAUGGGCGUCCUGCAAUCCCAAGCAAGCAACUUCAGAUUCUCGCACGCUCAAGUGGCUUGAGAGGAUCCCACCCCUUCGAUAAGGCGCCUCAUCAACGACUUGGUCGGCAAUCCAUCGAUCGAACCGUCAUGAAUAUACUCCCGACAACCCAUGUAUGCAUUCCCGGCGUAAAAUCUCUCCCAACCAUCACUUUUUUUCGGCACGGCAUGGGCACUCAAAGAAUUAGAUCGGGGCGAAGGCGAUUGGGGGGAUAAAAAAAAAAGGCGUCGCGGCAUUGUGCAUUUGAAAGCAUCGAAGGACAGCAUCAGCAAGCACAUUUGAUCUUGGGAGUUCCGGAAUACCCUUUUUUGUAAUUACUGGUUCUGGAGAACCCCCCUAAACUAUUGUGUCUGUAUUUUUAGCGCACGAGGCUGCUCAACAGCUACGAUUGAUGCUGUCAGACUCGACAACUUGGAAGAUAGACGCGUAGACUUUUUUUUGGACAAGAGAAC